AUGAACACAUCUACAACAAUAACACCAAAUGAAUCAAAUCCCCAAGAAUACGGUCCACAACCUAUAGAACUCACAACUACUAACAGUAAAGAUGAUCAACACAACGUCAAUAAUAAUGAUAACUGUCUUAAUGAAAAUAAUCAUUCAAUAAUCACACGAUCAAUCACACGAUCAACCACUACUAUAUCUCAUCAAUCGUCGUCAUUACAUUUAUUAGAUGAUCCAUCUAAAUUCCCUGAUGGUUGGAACAAUAGAGCCAUGAUAACUUUGUUUGGUUCAUUUUUAGGUAUGAUUGGAUCAUUAGGAUAUGUGAAUUCAGGAGGUGUUAUACAAUCAUAUAUAUCAACCAACAUUUUAAUUAAUGAUUCUCAAUCAUCAAUUGGAUGGAUUUUUCUGAUUUAUAAUUUUUUCGCCUUUGGAGGGAUUUUAAUUCUGGGGAUCAUAUUUGAUAAAUUUGGUUGUAAAAUACCGAUUUUUGUUGGAGUGAUAAUUAUGUUUAGUGGAUUAUUAGCAACGAGUUUUUGUCAUUCUUUAUAUCAAUUUAUAUUGGCUUAUAGCAUCUUAGCUGGAUUAGGCACCGCGUUUGUAUUUGGACCAUUUGUUGCUUGUUUAAGUCAUUAUUUUUUACAUAAACGAGCAUUAGUGAUUGGGAUUUCUUAUACUGGUGGUGGAUUAGGUGGAGUGAUUUACCCCUUAAUGUGUCGAUCAUUAUUUUCGAAAAUAGGUUAUGGAUGGACAAUGAGAAUUGGUGCAUUUAUAAGUUUAUUUUGUUGUGGUAUAGGUUGGUUAUUAGUAAGUGAUCGACAUGAAGAGUUUUCACCAGAUUUAGAAAAGAAGAAGAAGAAGAUUAAUCAAGAGAUUACCACUACUUCAAGUAACAAUAGUGUUAUUGAUCGAGUAGAAAAUGAAUUUAUUAGUAUAAUUAAAGAAAUUUUCCAUUCUAUUGAUUUUAAAAUUCUAUACAAGAAUUUACUAUUUACUGUAUUGGUAUUUGGAUUAUUAUUUAAUGGGAUUGUAUUUUUAAUUUCAAUUGUUCAAUUACCUUCUUAUGCUAUAUCUCAUGGGUUUUCUGAACAACAAUCAUAUUUAUUAUUAGUAGUAUUCAAUUCAUUUAGUAUCCCAGGAAGAAUUAUUCCAAGUUAUUUUGCUGAUCAAGGGUUGGGUCGUUUCAAUACUUUUUGUUUAAUAAAUUGUUUUUCAUUAAUUGCCUUUGUUGUUAUUUGGUUACCAUUUGGGAAUCAUUUAACCGCAUUAUUUAUCUUUGCUGGAUGUUUUGGAUUUUCUAGUGGAUCAGUCCUAAGUCUUACUGCUAGUCUUGUGGCUCUGAUUGUGAAAACUUCUGAUGUUGGUAAAGGAUUAGGAACAGCUUUUUUCAUACUUUCAAUUGCCGAUUUAUUUGGAAUUGCAAUUGCUGGAGCAAUUGCUAGUGGUAGUAAACAAAGUUAUAACAAUUUAGUUUAUUUUUUAACUGCUUGUGCAGCAAUUGGUGCUAUAGUAAGUUUUAUAUCUCGAUAUCUUUAUGGUGGGUUUAAUCUUAAUAGAGUUUAA